AUGGCAGAAGCCACUCCGGUCCCCGUAACAGAAUGGCCUGACUACAACGCGAAUCGCAAUGGCGGCGAUCCGCUCACUCAAGACUUGAACGCCCUCUACGACAAGGGCGACCUCUGCUGGAUCCUCGUCUGCACGAUCAUGUGCUGGCAAAUCACGCCCGCAAUCGGCUUCCUCUACGCCGGGAUGCACCGGCAGAAAGCCGCUCUGACCAUGAUAUUCCAGUCUCUAUUCUGCGCCUGCGCGUGCGGGAUCCAGUUCUGGGUGUACGGCUACUCGCUCUACCAGUCGCACACCACUGGCCCUUUUCUCGGAGACCUGAGCUUGGCAGGCCUGCACAACGUGCUGGCGUAUCCCUCGCUCGCAAACUCGGAUAUUCCUGAUAUCUUGUAUGCGUGCUUCGGGUUCACGUUCGUGACGGCGACGGCGAUGAUUCUGGCGGGAGCGAUGUUGGAACGGGGGAGGUUGUGGCCGAGUAUGCUGUUCUUGCUGUGCUGGACGACGUUUGUGUACUAUGUCCUCGCCUACUUCGAGUGGAACCCCAAUGGCUGGCUCUACAAGCUGGGGGUCUACGAUUACGCCGGAUCCGGCCCCGUCCACAUCGCCUCCGGCUUCAGCGCGCUCGCCUGGUCUCUCAUGCUCGGCCGGCGCGCAGAUCCCAAGGGCGAGUCCCUGCAUAAGCACAUGGUGCAUUUCCGGCCGCACAACCCCUUCCUGGUCGGCCUGGGCACCGUCUUCAUCUGGUUCGGCUGGUUUGCGUUUAAUGGUGCCAGCACCGCGAACCUGAGUAUCCGCAGCAUCUACGUGGUCGUGAACACCAACCUCGCGGCAUGUGGAGGCGGGAUUGCAUGGGUGCUGCUGGAGUACUGCUAUGUGAAGAAAUUCAGCAUCGUUGGGUUCUGCUCGGGGAUUAUUUCGGGGCUUGUGGGCAUUACGCCUGCUGCUGGGUUUGUACCCGUCUACGUCGCCGCUCUCGUCGGCGCUUUGGCCUCCUGUUGCUCCUUCUUCACCGUAAAAUACAAAUACCUCAUCGGCAUCGACGAAGGCCUCGACAUCUUCGCCAUCCACGGCGUGGGCGGUUUCGUCGGCGACAUCCUGACCGGGUUCUUCGCCGCUUCCUUCGUGCCAGCGCUUGACGGCGUAUCCGGCACCAACUACGCCGGCGGCUGGUGGAACCGCAACUGGAUCCAGAUGGGGUAUCAGCUUGCUGCGGCGACCACGUGCGCGGUGUGGAGCUUUACGAUUAGUUGUAUAUUGCUGUUUGUUAUCAAUAGGAUCCCCGGGAUGCAUCUCAGGGAGAGCGAGGAGGAUGAGCUGAAGGGGCUGGAUUUUAAGUAUUUGAGCGAUGUGGAGUUUCAGAGGAUGAGUGUUGAUCUGAGUAACUAUGGGAUUGUGACGCCGGCGGUAGUUGGAAGCGGAUCCAGUGCGAGUCGGGAGGAGGUCCAGCUGGAGCAGAAGAAGGAUUGA